UCUCUCAUGGAUCUUAGCCCGUCGUUCAGCAGGCAAAGACACCUAUCAAGGCGGUAUUACUUUACCUCAAAUGAAUAUCUCUACAUGGCCGAGCCAUCAAAUUCAAAACCCUCCUGCAUUCUCCCAGAAUCUUAGCGCGUCUUUUUCCUUUUCCUCCCUCCCUUAUUGAUCGCACCCAUCCCACCCGACGACCCGCUCGGCGGAAGCUCCAAGGUCCUAUUCACAUUCUAGUUAGGUCGCCAGUAUGCCUUCUAUGGCUCCUCGCAAUGAUCCAUCCUAUAUCCUGAACCAGAUCAUCAUAUCCCCAUCAGACACCGACUACCUCGACCAAUUGAUCCCUUCCAUUAGAGAAUAUAGCGUGGGUAACAGAACGCCACAACUACUCCAGUCCCUGGCGAGCUUUGCUAGCGACAAGGAGACCGAGAUUGAAACCAUUUGCAACACCAAUCAUCAAGAGUUUGUGACAUCGGUCAAUCAGCUUCUCCGCAUUCGGGAAGGCACAGUCACUCUCACCGCGGAGAUACUCGACCUCAACCAAUCAAUCCAAGCUAGUACCGAAAAACUGGCCGAGCAGAAGAAGGCUUUGGUCGAAUCUCGAAAACACCGACAGAAUAUUGAUGAAACAUGUCGUGCCAUUCAAGGCUGCCUGGAGGUAUUACGCCUUGCAAAUCAGGUUCAUGACCUACUAGCAAAGAAGAAUCACUAUGCCGCCCUCCGCGCACUCGAAGAGCUUCAGAAUGUUCAUCUGAAGGGUGUGAGUCAGUAUAAAAUUGCGGACAUGAUCCAGCGUUCAGCUCCAGCAACCCAGAGGGCUAUAGCUGAAGCAGUCAUGUCUGAUUUGAAUACCUGGCUUUACAGGAUUCGCGAAAUGUCACAAUAUCUAGGAGAGAUCGCUUUAUAUCACACUGACCUGCGAAAAACAAGGCAGAAAGAGAGGGCGGACAAGAUGUCAUAUCUAGGACAGUUCAGAUUGAACUCGGCAAUUGAAUUGGUCUCUGAUGAACAUGAGGAAUAUGAUCUUUUACACAACGAGGAGCUUCAGGUUGACUUCACCCCGUUAUUUGAGUGUUUGCAUAUUCAUCAGUCCCUGGGCCAUAUGGAUAAAUUCUGCAUCGAGUAUGCCAACACCCGACGUCGUCAAAAAGAACUACUAAUACCAGCGAUGAUAACGCUCGUUGACGAGGAUGGCUCCAGCUUGCAUAAUCUUUUGGAGGAAAUGGCGGGUUUUGCAAUUGUUGAGCGGUCUACAAUGAAAAGGGUACCAGAAUUAAGGUCGCCAGUCGAUGUAGAUGAACUCUGGGAUUCAAUGUGUCAGACUGCCGUGAGCCUGAUAUCCAGCGCGCUCCCUGAAGUUGACAAUGCAGAAAACCUGCUGAAGAUAAAGAAUCUCAUUGCCCUGUUUAUGCAAACGAUGAAUGCAUGGGAUUUCUCUGUUGGUGUUUUCGAUAAAUUCCUUCUGGUCUUAUUUAGGCAAUAUGCCGAGUUACUGAAAAAGAGGUUCAGUGAUGACUUCCAAGAAAUUGUGUCCACGGACGACUAUAUGCCUAUGCCAAUACAAACGGUAGAAGAAUUCGAUAAAGUCCUCAACGUCAGCUGGUAUAGCCCCGAGAAGCCACGGGAAGAACAAAUCUUCCCAUGCGUCCUGCCAUUCUCCCAAAUGUAUCCACUUUGUUGCAUUGAUAUUCGAAAUUUUUUGAAUCAGUUUUACUUCUUCGCGAACGAUGAUUUUGCACAUCCAAACGUCAUCGACGAAACGUUGAAAGAUGCUAUCGACGAAUUACUUUCAAACCAAGUUUGCAAUACGCUUGUGGAACGUCUUGCAUCCCAGUAUUUGGGACAGAUUGUACAAAUACUUAUCAAUCUGGAGCAUUUUGAACUUGCGUGCCAUGAGCUUGAACUGCUUCUGGCAGCCGCAAGGUCUCAGAAUUGCCUUGGUGGAUCUGUUACCUUGAAGGCAACGGAAAAGUUCAAAAGCAAUAAAAAGGCAGCGGAAAAACGUAUUUUUGAGGUCGUGAACUCCAAGAUCGAUGACCUAAUUGAAACUGCGGAAUAUGACUGGAUGGCACAAGCUUCGCCAGUAGAGCCAAGCAAUUACAUGCAAACGCUGACCCGUUUCUUGUCUAAUAUAAUGAACUCGACGUUACUCGGCCUUCCAACCGAAAUCAAAGAGCUCAUUUACUUCGAUGCCCUGAGCCAUGCCGCGAACAUGAUUCUGGCACUGCCUCUUUCGGCAGAUGUGAAAAGAAUCAACCCCAAUGGCGUCAUGGCGCUGGCAAAGGACGUCGAGUAUCUAUAUGAUUUUGUUGAUGGUCUCGACGUUCCUAUUCUGCGAGAGAAUCUUGACGAACUCCAGCAAACCGUGCAGUUGAUGCAAGCCGAGAACACCGAUGAAUUUUACGAUAUUUCGACUCGGAAUAAAAAGUAUGGCCGCGUAGACGCGAUAAAUGGGCCAGUGCUUCUAGAAAAGGUCACACGUACUGUUCAAAGUCCAGUCAAAACUGACAAAUUCACAACACUGUCUUCAAGAUUUGGGAAGAAGACUUGAAUAUGGUUCACACCUUUACCUAUGAUGAUGUAUUGGAGAGGGGGCACGAGGGGGUUUGAAAUUGCAUUAGAUCAAAUGAAACUCAAAGCAGAGAUCUAGUUCGAGGCACAAGUAGAAUUGGGUAUGUGACUAGGUUAAUAUACUGGGGCAAGGUAUGCCAAAUAACUAAGAUAUGUUUAUUAACACCGAGAAUAUUUCCACUAGC